UAGAGGAAAAAUCCUUAUAAGUUGCUCAUCAAAAGUUGCUCUUAUCAAACAAGUACAACCUUUAAGAAAAAAUAAAUUAAAAAAAAAAUAAAUAAAUAUGAAAAUCUUCCCUCCAAUAUACAAGCGCAUCCUUUAACCUAGGAACUAAAAAAACAAAAUUCCACACUUACUGCUCACAGCUCUCAGCUCCCUGCAAACCAUCUCCUUGCACAGUUCUGCAAAAAUGUCCCGUGUAGACGUGGAAACUUGGAUCCACGGGUGACUGAGCGAGAGCUUCAAGAAGAGUUUUGUGUUUUCGGAGUUAUUCGAAGGGGGAUCAUGUGGCACUUUUGUCUGCAUUUGCAGAAAUGGGACUUAAGUUGCGCAUGCAUUUGCCUGAGCAGGCAAUGGAGGUGGCAACGGUCUUCUUUCGUAACUCAACUCCUGCAAGUGAAGCUGCUGAAACUUUAAAAAAGUUCACAGAAGAAAGAGAAAAAAAAUUGAAGGCCUUACAAGAAAAGAUGCAGCUUGGUGAAAAAGAAGCUAAACGAUUUAUUCCUGUUGAUGCCUUCCCUGGAGAUAUAGUGAUAUUUACACGUGUGCUUAAUCUUUUAAGAGGUCUUUCUGCCACAAUGGAUGUCCGCAUUGUCUACUUAGAUAUCAUGAGACCAUUUGCCGAGUCUGCUUUGGGAGGAAUCAUUAAUAUGGGACCAACAACAAAUACGCAAUGGCUCUGUGACACUCCUGUGCAUUUAGAUGUGGAGGGAAAGCUGCGGAAGCUCUUGAUUGAUCUGGGAAAUUCUGGAAAGAUACUGGGAGUUCAGCUAUGUUGUUUAUGCAUAUGAUGCUUCUGCAAUGUGCAACUAAGGAUAUAACCACUGUAAAUGCAACUAAGGAUAUAAUCAAUGUAUCUAAUAAAUCCCUACCUCAAUAAUCAAUCGAUAAAGCUAUAGAAAAAAAAAAGAUGAGCCUUUUAGUUGCUAAUAACCAUUCUUGAGUAUUAAAGAUUUUUGUAAUAUGCAUUGAAACCUAGGCUCAUGGAAUCAUGCACUAUUAAAGACAUUAGAACGACAUCCUAAAGUUACUAACAACCAGAUGAACUUAUUUCCAGUGGACAAAUCAUGUCCUUAUGGAGAUUCUCACAACCAUCUAAAGACAUUAGGUUUAAUCAAUACUAAGUUACAUCUAACCUUGCAUCAAUAAGCUAAAGCAAUAAGAUUUAGUUAGUGAAGUUGUUACUACGUGCUUUCAGUUUUGUGCUAAUGUUGGUUCCAUUUGCUCUCCUUUAAGAAAUUGUUGCUUACAAUCAUUUUAAAGUUGGUUGGUAAUAUUUCAACUUGCAGUUUGUGUCACGGGCAUUCGGUUGAGAGGACAUGCAACAUGAUAAAAGAUGCGAGGCUCUGCUGUGAACCAGGUCAAAAGCCUACAGGCAGUUCAAGAGUGGCACCUGAUGCAAUGUAACCCUUUUCACUUUUUGCCAGUAAUCGCAGUGUAAAUUAGCAGCAGAUCUGAUCAGCUUCUGAUCUGAUCAGCAGCAGAUCAGCAGCAGCAAAUCAGAUCAAAAGCUGAUCAGAUCAGCAGCAGAUCAUCAGCUGAUCUGAGCAGUCUCUGAUCUGAUCCGCUACUGAUCUGCUGCUGUUGAUCUGAUGCUGAUCAGAUCAGCAGUAGUAGAUCAGCAACUGAUCUGAUCCUUGAAAAGAUGAGUAUAUUUGUACGAGAGGCCAAAUGUUUUGUUCGAAGGAAAGAAAAAAGUAGAAGGGACUAGGAAGAGGGAGAUAAGAUGUGAUCCUUAGAUGUCAUAUUUUGACUAAAACAGGAGUUUUCGCUCCCAACUCUCAACUAAUGAACCAAAAUAAAAA